GUUCAAAUGUUGGAUGAUAUCAGAACUUAGCUUGGCCAUGCACCUAGUAAACCUUCUGAGGACAUUGCACAAGAAGCAGGCGUAUCAAGUGGGGCCAUGAGAACUACAAAAUUACUGGAAAUACAAUUGAUUACUCUUUGUUACAUGAUCCAAUAUUGGACUUUAUUUCUCUGUAUGGUAUAUUUAAUCUUCAUGGGGAUAUUUGAAAUCAGAAGUCUAUCAAACCAAUCUACAGAUAGAAGAGACAUCGGAGAAAUUUUUCAUUUUGAAGUGUCCUGUAUGUCCAGAGAAUAACUGCGGUGUAUGACCCAGAACUUAUUGGAAGGUGUGGGAAUCUGAGCCGACGUUAAAGAUUGUCAGGAUCUCCUGUGAAGGAUUAGAGACUUUUCUCUUUGCCGUCAUGUCCAAACUGGUUCUGGAAUCCUCCCAGAUUCAGAUGAUACUGAGGAGUCUUUCUGCAGGGAUAAAGUGGUCAAAAUACAAAGAUCACUGCCGACUUCCAUCUUUAGUCCUUCAUGUUGCAGUGCGCAGACGGUUUAAGAACAUCCACUGCCUUCCGCGCGUGGUUCAGUCAUUACCCAGACCCAUGCACUCGGCCCCAGGCAGUGUACGAGCGUCCACCACGUUGCGCCUGCCCAUGAGGAUCGUGAGGCUCACGAGAUCCUGAUCAACCUUGGGGACUCAGUUAGGGGUGACAAGGUGAGCUGAGCGGGGUAGAUCCACUGUUUCGCUGGCCCGGGGAGGAACACCUAGAAUCAUGAUCAGUAGCAGUCGUUUGGUUGUGUGACAAGUGGGCUCAACUGCGCCAUGUCGGUGAGAAGAGGAAAGGAUGAUCAGAGGGAUGCUGUGACACAGCUGAGGGGAAACCCCAUGACCCCUCCCAGGGGAGGCUCCCUGAGGGAGCGAGAACGCCACCGCCCGGGCGAUCGCCCAACGCGCCGUUUCUCGGCCCACAUCGUGGCGCGCCGCGAAUCAGUGCUGGACCGUGGGAUAGACGCUGCCAUCCGUCGGCCCUCGCUGGCCUCGGUGGCUGAGCGCGGCAACUGGGGUUCCCGCUGGGAGUUCCUGCUCUCCUGCGUCGGACUUUCCGUCGGCAUAGGCAACGUAUGGCGAUUCCCUUACCUCGCCUACCAGAAUGGCGGCGGUGCCUUCUUGAUUCCUUACCUCAUCAUGCUGGUUCUGGCGGGGAAGCCCAUGUACUUCCUAGAGUUAGCAGUGGGUCAGUUCGGUGGUGUCGGCCCAGUGGCCCUUUGGAACUGUUGCCCCAUCGCGAAAGGGGUGGGCUGCGCUAUGGUGACCGUGUCCUUGAUCGUAUGUAUCUACUACAACGUCAUAAUGUCCUACACUGUGCACUAUAUGGUGUCGUCAUUUGCUACGGAAGUCCCUUGGAGCAAGUGUGACCCGGAGUGGGCGGACAUGACCACCUGCUACGUCAGAGGGUCGCGCGCGAGUCAAGAAGGGAACUCAUCAUGGGGCAACCGAAGCAUAGGAAGCAAUAGCACCAACCCCGAAACAGCCAGCCUGCAAUAUUGGGAGCGGCACGUUCUGCAUCUGUCCAGUGGGAUCGACAAUGUGGGCCCCAUCAAGUGGGACCUUGCCCUUUGCCUGCUCUUCUCCUGGGUGGUCGUGGUGUUGUGCCUUGUCAAAGGCAUAAAGACCUCGGGGAAGGUGGUGUACUUUGCCGCGACCUUCCCGUAUGUCAUCUUAUUCAUCCUGUUGGUCACAGGCCUGCUACAAGAGGGUUCCUUGACAGGGAUCUUGUAUUUCAUUACUCCUACGUGGGAAAAACUACUAGACAUUCAGGUUUGGCAAGCAGCAGCAGGACAGAUGUUCUUUUCUCUUAGUGUGUCCAUGGGUGGUCUCAUCAUGUACAGCAGCUACAAUGAUUUCCGCAACAACGUAUACAGGGAUGCCUUAGUGGUGAGUGUCCUGGACACACUGACCAGUAUCAUCUCUGGAAUGGUCGCAUUCUCCAUCUUAGGAGCCAUGGCUCACGACCUUCAAGUGCCUAUAGAACAAGUCGUCAAGGAAGGGCCCGGUCUAGCCUUUGUUGCUUACCCGGAGGCUCUACUUCGACUGCCUGUACCUCAGCUGUGGUCCGUCUUAUUCUUUCUCAUGCUCUUCGUACUUGGAUUGGACAGUGAAUUCGCCCUCUUGGAGAAUGUCCUCACUAGCAUAUCAGACGAGAUCACUGUCCUUCGGAACCACAAACUAGCCUUCUGCAUUUCUAUCGCCGUGUUAUGCUACCUGGUGGGACUGUCGUGCGUCACUUACGUGAGUAAAUCCACAGAUUUAUUAUCUGCUUUGCCUGUUUUCUUUCAGGAACGAAGACGAGAGACCAUUCGGAGAACCUGAACAUACGAAAGAAGGAUAAUAUUAA